AUGUAAAGACGUUAGUAUUAUCAAGUGAGUUGACGAGGAAGGAGCUGCUAUGCGAAUUUGUUCUUCGUUAUGUUUGGGAUUUCUAACCAACAAGAUGAUCGAAUGCUCAUCGAAAGAAUUAAAUUUAGGUGCAACGUUGCAAGGUGGCCAAAGUUUCAGAUGGUUGCCACAUGAAACUGGAUAUCGAGGUGUUUUUAAUAGUUCCGUUUGGACAUUAACACAAAAUGAAACCAGUAUAAGAUAUACAAUUGAAGGAUCAUUAUCCGAUAAUCAAAAUUAUGAUGAAAUUUUAAGAGAAUAUUUCAGGUUGGAUAUAUCAUUAUUAGAUCAUUGUAAAAAAUGGAUCGAAGUAGAUAAAAAUUUUGAAAAGUCGUACGAAAAGGUAGACGGGAUUAGAAUAUUAAAUCAGGAUAUAUUAGAAAAUCUAUUCUCCUCUAUCUGUACUUCUAACAACAAUAUACAGAGGAUAUCCGGAAUGGUUGAAAAAUUAUGUAUACUAUUUGGUAAGAAAAUAUGUUCCAUUGAUGGUAAUGAUUAUUUUGAUUUUCCAACGUUGGAAUUAUUACAAGGACAAAAUGUAGAGUCUAUAUUGAGAAAGGAAGGAUUUGGAUAUCGUGCUGCGUAUAUAGCAAAUACUGCAAAAAAAGUCCAGGAACUUGGGGGAAGAAAAUGGCUUAUGAGUCUUCAUAAAUGUAAUAAUGCCUCAUAUUUUGAGGCUAAAGAACAAUUACUUACACUUCCCGGAGUUGGUCCAAAAGUUGCCGAUUGUAUUUGUUUAAUGUCUUUGGGACAUUUAGAAGCCAUACCAAUAGAUACACAUAUAUUUCAAGUUGUACGAGCAAAUUAUUUACCGCAUUUAGGAAAACAGAAAACAGUAACGCCAAAAAUUCAUGAAGAAAUUAGUACGCAUUUACGUGAAUUAUGGGGUCCCUUGGCUGGUUGGGCUCAAGCUAUUUUAUUUUGUGCUAAAAUUGCUGAUAACGCAAAGAAUACUUUAAAUAAAAAACGAAGUAAUACGGGGAAUAAAAUAGAACCAGAAAAGAAAAUUCAAAGAUUACAAUAAAUUAUUAUUAUUCUUACAAUAAA